UCCAAUGAAGUGAAAGAGUGCUAGAAUUUGACUGAAACUUGCGCCGUUGGUGGGGUUUGUCGCCACGCGCUGCCGCUGGCCCCUGUCCUCCAGGUCCGCGAGCUGUGGCAGACGUUUACUAAAUUAUUUUGACAUUUGAAUUAAUACAUGUUUUGUAAAUGUCUUUGCUACUGAAUCUCUUAAGACAACUGCUGGAGUAUUAUGGUGUGCCUCCUGAAUUGGUCUUACAAAGAUGCGAAGUUUGUCUUUAUCGUAUUGCUCACAUGGUUGGAUUUCAUCAUCCUUUAAAUACUUUUUCUUCUGUACACUUCCAACAGUUAUGUGCCAUCUCAAGAAGCUAUUUGUUGUCUUGGCUUUGGGAGACAAAGAAAUAUGGAUCUACUCGAAGUUUUGUUCGCAGAUUGGGAAGAAUUCUAUCCUUAGCGCCUUGUCCAAGGGCUCACUUUCAGCUGGGCUCGUGUUUGAAUUCCUUGGACUCAGGGCAACAUGACAUUGUUCAUUCUGCUACACCCUCUUUUGCUGAUGUCUUGUGGAUUGCAAAUGAUGAUAGAACACCACCUGCUAGAUUUAGAUUUGAUGAACAAGCAGUGCCUGUGUUUGUAUCUUCAAUACCUCUGCCAGCAUCUUCAAAAGGAAAAAGACCAAAAGCAACAGUUGUGAAUGAAGAUGCAAUAAAAAAAAUUUCUGCACUUGAGCAAGAGUUAACUCAUCUUCGGGCAGAGAUUGCUGCAAUUGUCUCAGUGAACGGGAUAAGAAAUGAUCAGACAUGUUCAGGUACUGCGAAUUCAUCAAAUACUCUCUGGAGCACUUUUCCACAGUUGGCAAUGACUUCUACACCAGUUCCCAUUUCUUAUUGUAACACAGUCAUUCCACCACCGCCCCCACUUCCAUCUGAAUUUGAUUCCCAUGUUUCAGCAGUUGAACUUAUAAAACAACGUAGGGCUGCAAGUAAGAUCAAAGAUAUUGCAAAUAGGGCUGGAUAUCAGAAGGUUAAGGCUGUUCCCAGUAUGACAGAUGUUCUCAAGGAUAUAAAUAAAGUCAAAUUAAGAGCUGUUGAGAGGUCACCAGGAGGUACACCUUUACCCAAAACAAAGAAAGUAACUAGAUUACAGUGGGAUCCAGCAGCUAUAAUAGCAGAAGCUCUUAAGGCGAAAUUUGCAGCCCACAGCAAUGAUAAUGAUUCAUUUGAUAAGGAGAACAGAUCCUCUGACGCUUCUCCAUUUUCCAGUCCAGAAAUCCCAACAGUUGGCCGUCACAUUUUGAAGCCAAAUAUCAAACAAGCACUGAUUAGAGUUGAGGAAUUCAGACAUCUAUCAGCUACAAAAGCAAGAUCUCCUAUUUAGCCCUGUUGUAGACUUUUUGAAACAGCUUAGUAUAACUGUGUCUGGCAAGGCUGCUUUGUCUUCAUUUCAUAGAUUUCAGAUAGUUUCUAUGGUACAAGGCAAUGACUUUUAAGCUCUUACUUUUAUAUGGUGUAUUCUAGCAGCCAGCCUUGUUAAUGCAGAACUUGUUUCAUGUAGUAUUUUAUAAGCUGGAAUACUUAAUGUUUCUAAACUUUUUAGACUGGCAUGCAGCAUUUCAGUUGGAAAAGUAAAUAUGUCUCAAGAAUGGUAAGAACAAUGGAAACAAAUAUAGAUGUGGAUCCUUUGGAAUGUAUGAUUAUCCAGUUGAAAUGUUAAUAUAUUAGCGUCAAGCAAGAAACAGUUUGUCAAUGCUUAAUUUUAUCUUAUAUCAUCAAAAUAAUAACUUACAAAAUUGGUGUU